UUAUAUUAGAAGCCCGCUUUUAGUAGUGAAUAAUAUUUAUAACAGCAUGCAGUCCCUCUCUGACGAGCUGCAGAAUUUCUCGAGAGCGCGCCUCAAGAAACAGAGCACGCGCAUUACUACGGCAACCGGAAAGGUCCUCGUGGAAACGCGAAGAGGCGAUGACGGCUUUAUAACGGAAGCUUCAGAGGAGAGCGCCACCUGCGGGUUCGUCCAAGAUCUGAGCCUGGACCUUCAAGUGGGAGUCAUCACACCUUUUCUUCUACUCUGUAAGAUACAUUAAAUACUGGAUGACCUUGGCUCACAAGAUGCUGCCAGUGACAUGGAAACUUUGAGAAAGUUCAAGGUCACUCAUGUGUUGAACGUUGCCUGUGGAGUGGAGAACGCCUUCCCUGAGCACUUCAUCUAUAAAACUGUUUCCAUGAUGGAUCUGCCAGAGACACAGCUCUCCACUUACCUUCCACAGUGCUUUGAGUUCAUUGAGGAGGCCAGAAAAAAGGACGGGGUUGUGUUGCUCCACUGUAAUGCUGGUGUGUCCCGCUCGGCCUCUAUUGCCAUUGCUUAUUUGAUGGCGAAGGAGAAGACACAGUUUAAGGAUGCGUUUAACAGAGUCAGAUCAGCUCGACCGUCAAUACGGCCAAAUGCUGGCUUCCUUGUUCAGCUUAAGGAGUAUCAGCCAUGAUUAAUUUAUUGCCGUUGCAGCUCAUCAUGCAGUGUGGAUGUUUCAAAUUCAGCCACUCAUAUUUAACACUUAAAUUGCAGGAAGCUGAAAGUACACAAACUGUGGAACUGCAUUUUUAUCGUCAAAUCUAGCUCUUACACAUAAAAUAUUACCUUAUGGCAAAGAUUUUUAAUCAGUUUUAGUUAGUUGUAGUAGACUUCAGCAUUCUAUAAUUAAUUAAGCAAUCUAUAAAAAUUUAAAACCCAAGACAGCAGAUAUUCACUUGGACUACGGAUCAAAAGGUCAGAGGUACAAACCCCAGCUCCAUGCUGCCACUGUUGGGCCCCUGAGCAAGGUCCUUAACCCUUAACUGCUCAGAUGUAUGAUGAGGUAAAAAUGUUAGUUGCUCUGGAUAAGGGCAUCUGCCAAAUGCUGUAAAUGUUUUUGGACUUUAAUUAACUGAUGGACACAGUGAUUUAAAAACUAAUAGACACAUCAAAAUGCAAUAGGAUUUUUUUGUAUUGUUCACUGUUAAACAGUCAGAAUACAGACAUGUUUAUGUUUGUUUCUUCACUUGUGGAUGAGUGGUUUAUUACCUUGUACUUCAUUGCCAUAUGCCCUUGAGCAUAAAUUGAUCUGUUUAUGAAAUAAAAGUAUAAAGUUAUA